CUUCUAGCAUUCAGGUAACACUUGGCGAGGUGUGUAAAAGCACGUCCGACGACACGAAAAUGGUACGAUCCGAGAGCGCUGAUGAAGAAAUGGCCGUCUCGGACAAGUUCGACGCCACUGCCAAUGAGGAUGAUGAAGAUUUCUCUCCUCAACCAAUUUGGGCUUCCCAUGGCACGCAUAGUGAUGCGGGCAAAGGGAAUGGAAUAGGAUCGAAUAGGCCUGUGUCACGUUCCGCAUCAUCUCUAUCACCGAAUUCAAGUGAUCCAGAUCGACGAUUGCGAAGGCAGAUUGCCAACUGCAAUGAACGCCGCCGCAUGCAGUCCAUCAACGCCGGUUUCCAAUCGCUGCGUGCUUUAUUGCCUCGAAAAGAAGGUGAAAAGUUGUCGAAAGCUGCGAUACUCCAACAUACCGCAGACCUUAUACAACAGUUGCAAAGCGAACGCUCACGUUAUCUUGAUAACGAUGAGGCUGGAGGCAAGAAGCCCAAAAUUGAGAUCGAAGAUUGUGCCGAGUUCGAUCAACAACGCUCGAUGAUAGACAGCCUUCAAAUGGCAUUGGAACGCGAGCGUACAGCUCGUAUGUUCCUCGAGCAACAGCUGAAUCAGAUGCGAGAGAUGUAUCAAAAUGGCUUGAGCACGGCGGUCACUCCAGCUUCCAGUAGCCCAUCACAGCAACGUCAACAGCAGCUACCACAACAGCCGCAGCCGACGCCAAUAGUGAAUUCUGCGCCGAAACUGACACCAACAACAAUCACUGUGCAUGAUUCAGUGAUAAGGCCUACUCCAUUGAUAGCGCCAAUCUCAGUCGAUGUGUCGCCGCGCAUGUCAGUUCCGAUGCCACCAACACCAUCGCCGAUGUUACCACCAUCGAUGCCGCCAAAUUCUGCCACUGGACCACUGUCGGCACCGUCCGCCUUCAGCUCAUCGUCCAUCACCGCUCAUCGCUCGCUGCAGACGAUACUGGACGCAAUAAGACACUUAGAAGGCGGCGCACUUGUGCCACCAACUCCAUCUUCGCCACCGCCGAGUUCUCAAGCGCCUUUAGUACGGUAACUCGCUCUCGUUUCCCUUUCACGGCCAAUCAUAGUCAGUGUUGUCGUGUUUGCGAUUGCAAUUUCAACAAUUAGUCUUGUUUUGUAGAAGAUAGGUGCUAGAGAACACUGCGUCCCAGGCAAAAAUCGUAAGCUUAACCGCUGGUCGCAAAUCCCACUAGGGGAGGGACCUCGUACAAUUCAUUACAUAUUCUUGUAUGGGCUUGCGUAAGCUAUAUCUCCUCCUUUCUCUCUCCUUUUUCAAUAUAUUUUGCUUAUUUAUCUUGGCAGUAUCGUUUAGUAAUCCUACAAAUUCUUAUGGCACCGGUUCUCGUCACAUGUCAUACUCGGUAGCUAUCCGGUAUUGUCUUUUUGACGUUUUUUUUUGUCUUUUUGAUUGUUAGGAAGUGUCAAAUAGUUUCUUGCUACAAAAAAUCAGAUUGUAAUAGGAGCUUUCUUUUGAAAGGAAACGCUAUGCAUCGCUUUUGAACGCCUGGGAUCAGUUUGUGCUUGUUUAACUUCUUCCAUAUGUUUCAUCAAAUCCUUUUUACGUAGUAGACUGAUUGCAUCAUGGUGAGAGCAACAUUGUGAUGAGCUCAAUCAGGUUUCUUGAAAAUCGUUAUACGUGAGUCUGUAUGGUCGUCACUCUGAGCGUCAUUGUUGCUGUCGCCAAUCGUGCACACUUUUCUUAGCGGUAAUAGUCCCAGGUCGCUGGAAAUGUUUUCCAACAAGCCACUUGAAAUUCUUCAGAAAUCUAGCAGCACUUUGAGCUGGUCCCUUUGUAUGCCUGCGCAAGAUAUCGGUAAAGAGGUAAAAAAAGAAAGUCCUUUCCCCCAUCCAUCUAGAAGAGAGUCAUUGCUCCCAGCGGCCUAGAACGUCGUUGAUUUCCUCGUAGUAAAUCAUUGUUAUACUCGUCGUCAAUAUCGGCUUUGUUUCUCGUACAUGACGACCCUUUUUUAAUGUAAUUGUUGAGUUUCAGUGUCUUUGGUGCGGUUGGGCGUGACGUGAGCUAGAUAACACAUAAGUCAAGACCAAUCGCACUGAAGGCAGUAUUUUUUUAUUGUUUUGUUUUCUCUUAUCUCUCAACUUUCUCAUUUUUCUCUUUAUUGUCUUUCGGAUCGUGCGAUGGCAUCUGGCCGGGAGUAAUAAUUCCUCUAUACACUGCCCAUCUCCAAAAACGUCUCCACAAAGUGUUUCCCCCACCGUUUCCUUCGUUCAUCACAUUCUUCCUCAAACUUCCUUUCUAUUUUUUAUGAUCUGAGUUUAAUUUGUCGCUUUUUAAUCAUCUCACCAUCACAUCCUUUCUGCGUGUCCAUGCUCCGCUUGCGGUUGUGCAGCAACAGGCAGGCGCCGUAUUAUUUCCUUCAAUCGGUUCACCCGUUUUACCCGUUUGCUAUUGGUCAAUUCAGUAUUUUGACCAAUGGCAAAGGGGUGAACUGGACGACCGGCUGAACCGGAUAAGUAUGGUGCCUGCCAUAGGUCCCAAAUCGGCAACUCUGCAACAUCAGGGCCGCAGUUUUCGGUGGGCUCCACCGCGCCUCAUCGCCGCUUGAUUUUUUUUGUACUCCUACUUUUUGGAAGAAAAUAAUCCAUAUUUUACGGUAGCAAUUUCUGAACGAGAAAAUUUAUACGGCUAAGAGAUAUGAGUUUACGAGAUACUGUUUUAAUAGUACCAUUUUUUAUAGUGUUCAUUUACGCUUCCAUGAUUAUUAUAUUGUUCAUCCUGUUGUUAUGAUGCUGUUCUGGUAAUGCUGAGCUAUGCGUCCCUAUUUGGUAGUGUUUCGUUAUGCGAUGUUGAGGCUGCUGGCGUGUUGCUUCCAUCCAUUUAUCGCUCGUUUUAGUUGAACCCAGUGUUUAGAGAGAAGUAUCGUUAAAGUAAUUUUCAAAUGUUUAAUUAUUGUUUCGGCAGUACAUUGUAGUAUCGGAAUGAAUUGUUUGUUAAAA